UUCACUUUCUUCUUCAUCAAAAUCUAACCCCCGACUUUCCGAUAAACCCUAGUCUCUCUUGUCUAUCACAUACAAACACACAAGCUUCCCAACCAAACCAUGGCGAUGCCGUACGAUUACGAAGACGGGCACCAGCAGCAAUCCGGACCAGACUCACUGAGUUACGACCCGAGCUUCGUGCCGGACCCGGUAAAAUCCUUCGUAGUCCAUCUAUACAGGCACAUUAGAGAGAAGAAUGUCUACGAGAUUCACCAGAUGUACGAGAACUCUUUCCAAACCCUAAGCGAACGUAUGUUCAAAGACGUCCCCUGGCCCUCCGUCGACGCCGUCGCGCCUUUCGUUGAUAACGACCACGUUUUCUGCCUUCUCUACCGUGAAAUGUGGUUCCGGCACCUUUAUGCUAGACUCUCCCCUACUCUCAAGCAGAGGAUUGAUUCUUGGGAUAAUUACUGCAGCCUCUUCCAGGUGGUAUUGCAUGGGGUGGUGAAUAUGCAAUUGCCAAACCAGUGGUUGUGGGAUAUGGUGGAUGAGUUUGUCUACCAGUUUCAGUCAUUCUGUCAAUAUCGGGCAAAGAUGAAGAACAAGACAGAGCAGGAGAUUGCGCUUCUGAAGCAGUUUGAUCAGGCAUGGAACGUCUAUGGUGUUCUUAACUUCUUGCAAGCUCUUGUGGAGAAAUCUAUGAUUAUUCAAAUCCUGGAGCAAGAGAAGGAAGGGCUUGAACAGUUUACUGCUACUGAUGGAUAUGAUUACAAUGGUGGAAGCAAUGUUUUGAAGGUCUUGGGGUACUUUAGCAUGAUAGGUUUGCUUAGAGUUCACUGUUUGCUGGGCGAUUAUCACACUGGCCUAAAGUGCUUACUUCCAAUUGAUUUAAGUCAACAAGGUGUAUACACCAGCGUAAUUGGAAGUCACAUUGCCACAAUAUAUCAUUACGGGUUUGCCAAUCUUAUGCUGAGGAGAUAUGUGGAUGCCAUUAGAGAGUUCAACAAAAUUCUGUUAUAUAUUUAUAAGACUAAGCAAUAUCACCAGAAAUCCCCACAAUAUGAGCAGAUACUGAAGAAGAAUGAGCAGAUGUAUGCCUUGCUGGCUAUUUCUUUAUCCCUUUGCCCUCAAGUGAAGCUUGUUGAGGAGACUGUGAACUCCCAAUUACGUGAGAAAUAUGGUGAAAAAAUGUUGAGAAUGCAGAGAUUUGACGAUGAGGCGUUUGCACUAUAUGAUGAGCUUUUCUCCUAUGCAUGUCCCAAGUUCAUCACUCCAUCUGCUCCUAGUUUUGAGGAGCCUCUUGUAAACUACAAUCAGGAUGCCUAUAGGCUUCAGUUGAAGCUGUUUCUUUAUGAAGUGAAACAGCAACAAUUAUUAUCAGGUGUUCGAACAUUUUUAAAAGUUUACUCAACGAUCUCCAUGGGCAAGCUUGCUACUUACCUGGAAGUGGAUGAACCUACUUUAAGGACAAUUUUGUUGACAUACAAGCACAAAACACACGCUGUUGAUUCUGAUGGAAAGAUCAGCUCCAAUGCUGAUGUUGACUUUUAUGUAGAUGAUGACAUGAUUCAUGUUAUAGAAUCUAAACCAGCUAAGCGGUAUGGGGAUUAUUUUCUGCGUCAAAUUGUCAAGCUUGAAGGCGUGAUGACCGAUGUCGACAGGGUAAAGUUGGAGUGAGUUCUGGACUGGAGCUACAGCCAUUUUUGUGCGGCAGAACAUUUUAAUUAGCUUGGCUUCCACCUCCCAGAAACUUGAGGAAAAGAAUGAGAUGAAAAAUGGACUGAUUUUCUUUUCUUAGAGGAACUGAGUUCCAUCAUUUGUGGCUAUUAUUUUUUGCUUGGAUGGGAUGGGGCUGAGUUUUGGGGAAAGAUGGGAGCGAGGGUUGGUGGGGUUAAGCGAGGGAAUGGAUGACUGAAAGAGACACUUUCCCUUGGUCGCGUCCCUUCACUGAGGCUGCUUUUUUUGUUUUUUAUUUUUCCCAAGUGUACAAUUUCUAGUUUUUCUAUAUUGUAAUUUAUUUCCAAAUAGAGAAGAAAACACGCCUUAUUUCGGGUCUGUAAUACGCGGCACUGGUGAUUCCUUCCCCAAGUAGUAUUGGCAUGUCGUAGCUUACAGUUUCAGUUUGGUGGAACAUGCUCUCAGGAUGUGGUUGUU